GCAGGAACAGUACGCAAGAAAAAAAAAGGAGGAGGGGUGUGCUUAAAUCGCAAUAGCAAGGUCGUCUUCUGCGUGCUCGUAACAUGCGUUCACCAGGCUUAUCCUCCAAGACGUCCGAGAAAGAGUCGCUAAGCAGAACAAUGACACUAGGAAAGCUGAGCCUGCUGCUGAUACUUCUCAUAGCUUUCCGAGAAAUCGCGUACUCUACGCAGAAAGCUUUGAGCAAAGGCUCAGGUUGUUGCCACGAGUAAUGCGGGACGUGAGCACCAUAGAUACAGAAUGCACGCUGCUGGGACAACGUCUUUCCAUGCCGGUUGGAAUAUCGCCCACGGCUCUCCAAAAGAUGGCGCAUCCUGACGGAGAAUCAGCGACAGCACGAGCUGCCGCAAACGCUGGAACCGUUAUGGUAUUGAGUGCGCUCAGCACCACCUCCAUGGAAGACGUGGCAUCCGCAGCGCCAGGGGGCGUCCGCUGGCUCCAGAUGGAAGUCGUGAAAGACCGCUCCGUGACCAUUGACUUCUUAACUCGAGCAGAGAGGAUCGGCUAUGGAGCCAUUGUCCUCACUGUCGACAUGCCUGUGUUUGGACUUCGUGUGUCGACUGUCAAAAACCGUAUGACUUACCCCGAGCACCUCUGCUUAGCGAACUUCGAGGGAACUAAUUACAGUCAUAUUAAAGACCUGAAAGAAUCUUGCCUGGAACAACUGCGGCAGUCAUUCGACAGGUCGCUUACAUGGGAUGCGCUGGCCUGGAUAAAAAGCGUCACAAAACUUCCUGUGGUCGUCAAAGGAAUUCUCACCGCGGAAGAUGCUUGUGAAGCUGUAAAUCACGGGGCCUCCGCGAUAUUGGUUUCAAAUCAUGGUGGCCGCCAGCUCGACGGUGUGCCUGCAACGAUCGAGGUACUUGCCACCAUUGUGCGCGCUGUCCGAGGCCGCUGCGAGGUCUACCUGGACGGCGGAGUGCGUAGGGGCACUGACGUCAUCAAGGCGCUGGCGCUGGGUGCUCGUGCAGUCUUCAUCGGCAGACCCAUCAUUUGGGGUCUCGCUUACGAUGGCGAAAAUGGAGUCAGAAGAGUGUUGAACAUCUUCAGAACGGAGCUUGAGCGAGCACUCGCACUAAUGGGAUGUGCCUCUCUCAGCGACAUUAAACCAGGCAUGGUGAUCUCCCACGACAGUUUGAAGAAUCGACUGAACACUGAGCAGGCGUCUCCAAGAAUGCACGAGCUCUGAAAAACCACUGAACAAUUCCUGAUUGUCUGUCACAUUUAGGCAGCGCGGACCGAAGACGAUGAGCACCACGUUUUCUUUUGUUUUUGUUUUUAUGUUCAAACAAGGUAACAUUUACCUCACAAUAACAUGGUUUUAGCGCAUAAUGUUUUACAUGUUUUUUUUUUGUAUAUUCGGCUUUUUCUUUAGGCCUGACUUUUCCUGGUACUUGUGAUAAUCUAUGAGUAUCAAGAAGCAUGUGACUCUGUAUUCUAUUUCUGUCAGCCCAUUCUGUAUUUGUUU